AUGGAGGUGGUGACUGGGGCACUACCACGUUUCCUCCCCAUGCUCACUGAUCUGCUCGUCAGUGGAUACAAAUUGCAAAAGAGUGUGAAGAGUGGGAUCAUGUUCCUCCAAGUUGAGCUCGAGAGCAUGCAGGGCGCCAUUGAGAAGAUCUCGGAGAUGCCGCCAGAGCAACUUGACAAACAAGACAAGAUUUGGGCUAGAGAUGUGAGAGAGCUGUCCUACGACAUUGAGGACUGUAUAGAUGCACUGAUGACAGUUUCCAUAGUUGGCUUCGGGGGGCUGGGGAAGACAACUCUUGCUAAAGCAGUAUAUGAAAAGAUUGGUGCACAAUUUGAUUGCCGGGCUUUUGUUUCCAUCUCUCAAACUCCUGACAUGGUGAAACUAUUUCGGAGCCUGCUCUAUGAACUUAGCAUCCGAAUCAAUGAUGAAGAAAUGAAUGAGAAGUGGCUUAUUAAUAAACUUCGUGAAUUCCUUCAAGAGAAGAGGUAUUUCAUUGUUUUUGAUGAUAUAUGGGAUAUCUCAGUUUGGAAAGUUAUUAAAUGUGCUUUGCCUGAUAUGAAGAAAAACAACAACAAUGAUAACAAACAAUACCUGGCCGAGGAGCUGGCCGAAGUAUCACAUACAAUGCUAAAGAAAUGUGCCGGUGUACCAUUAGCUAUUAUUUCAAUAGCUAGUCUGCUACGUAGUAAAGGAAGGAGUAAAACGGAGUGGUGUAACGUGUGCAACUCCAUUGGUACAGGACUCGAGGAUAGCCUCGAUGUGAAGAAUAUGAGAAAGAUUUUGUCAUUUAGCUAUUAUGAUCUGCCAUACCAUCUAAGGACAUGUUUAUUAUAUUUAAGUGUGUUUCCAGAGGACUAUAAAAUUAGCAAAGACCGUCUGAUAAAAAUGUGGAUAGCUGAAGGUUUUAUCCGAUGUGAGAAACAAAAGAAGCGAGGCCUCUUUGAACUUGGAGAGAGUUACUUCCACGAGCUCAUAAACAGAAGUAUGAUUCAACCUGUGUACACCAAGUACUCUACGGUGAUUGAACAAUGUUGCCUACAUGAUAUGGUGCUUGACCUGAUCCGUUCCUUGUCAAGCGAAGAAAAUUUUAUUGAUAUAUUGAAUGAUGUGGAUCUCAAAUCUCCAUCACAUAAGGCUCGGAGGUUAUGCGCUCAGUAUGGCAAGGUGGAUCUUGCUACAACUCAGGCUACUAGGAGCUUGCAUCAAGUAAGGUCACUUGUUUUCGUUCACUCUACUCUUGGCAAGAUGCCAUCCCUUGGGAAAUUCAGAGUUUUACGUGUACUGGAUCUACCAGGUUGUGACCUUUCACAAGAGUGCAGCCUUAAGUACCUUGGGAAAUUACGGCACUUGAGGUACCUGGGACUAAGAUGUACACGCAUUGCUGAGCUCCCCAAAGCAAUAAAGAACCUUGUAUUUCUACAAACAUUGGAUGUUACUGCCAAUCACAAUCUUCGUAGAUUGCCAACCGAGGUUGUUAAGCUAAGGAAUUUGACAUCCUUACACUUCGACAGGUGGAUAGAAGUGCCAGAAAGGAUUGGGAAACUAACAUCCCUUGAACAGCUUUCAAGGUUUGGCAUCAACGACUCUGGAAACAAUAUUAAAGAGCUGGGCCGUUUAACUGAACUAAGGGAGCUGUGUAUUGUCUGUCAUACACAAUGGAACGACUGCUUGGAGAAAUCUCUGGUGGAGUCCCUGAGCAAGCUGCAAAAAAUACAGACUCUGUCCUUUCAGAUAUCAGACGGUAGAGGCAACUUAAGUGCCUGGGUUGCACCUCGACAUCUCCGUAAAUUGGACCUAACUGGUUGCUGGUUUUCUAAUCUGCCGGCUUGGAUGAAUCACAAGUUUCUUCUAGAUGUUGCCUUCCUAUGCAUCAGUGUGAGAAAAUUGCAGCAGCAAGAUCUCGAAAUCCUGGGGACGUUACCGGCUCUCCACUAUCUGAAUCUGAAAGUGGACCAUGGUAAUCUCAUAAUCCAUCGGGGAUUUUUCAUUGGUGCUUAUUCAUUCCCAUGCCUUGUACAGUGUUUGUUGCGGGAAUUUGGAGGGCCUGUGGUGUUCAAGCAAGGAGCUAUGCCACGGCUCACAAGUCUUGAGCUCACCUUCCCUAUGUGCACGUCUAGAGAAAUCAUUGAUAUGGGCCUGGGGAACCUGUCAACACUUCAGAACAUUGCUAUUUGCUUCAACAAUGUUAAAACUAGCAAGAUUGACGCAGAGGAUACGCUGAUGCAUGUGACUGAAAUCCAUCCCAAUCGUCCCACCAUCGAGAUCAACUACCAACGGCGAUGCAGGUGGACAAGCUAG